CAAUAAUCGUUCAUUCAACAAGUGACUGUUGAGCUGUUCAGACGGUUUUUUCUAAGCGACCGCGAAUUAACUCGUUCGAAGAGAAUAAAAAACCAAACAGUGAUUGAAUUCAAAUCCAAUUGACAAGUGUUUGCAAAGUUUUAAUUAUCCCGUUCGUAGUGUAUUUUUAGCGAGAGAAAAAAACGAAUUGUUACGAUGAGUCUGCAACUUGCUUCUUGUGAUGAACAGUAUAAAAAAUUUCCACAACUCGAUCGCAAUGAAGUGUUGAAGCUGCAAGAUUGGACCGAGAAGCAACAACAUCUACCCAACGUCACGGAGUUGGAAGCUCUAACCUUUCUACAUGCAUGCAAUUAUAGCGUUGAAAGGGCAAAAGCAUGCAUGGAUACGUACUUCACCGUUCGAACUCAUUGCCCGGAAUUUUUUGCGAAGCGCGAUGUGAAUGGUGCCGAUAUCACCGCACAAAUGAACGUUGUAGCCUUAGCACCACUUCCAGGUACGACAAAGGAUGGAUAUCGCGCCGUUUUGUGUAAAUUAACCGAUUUUGAACCGUCGAAAUUUAAUUAUGUGGAUACAAAUAAAUUAUUUACAAUGGCAACGGACUUAUUACUGGCUCAAGAUGGAAUUGCUGAAGGUGACGCUAUUGUCAUUGAUAUGACUGGGUCUACGCUCUCCCAUUUGGCUAGAGUCAACAUUUUUGCACUGAAGAAGUUCAUGUUUUACAUUCAGGAAGCGUUGCCAGUUCGCUUGAAAGCCUUACAUUUUAUAAACACGGUACCAUUUAUGGAUAAAGUGUUGGCAAUGAUGCGACCCUUCAUGAAGAAGGAACUAAUGGACGCGAUGCACUUACACUCGUCGUUGGAUUCAUUCUUGGAUAAUCAUGUGCCAAAAUCCAUGAUGCCCGAAGAAUAUGGCGGUUCAGCCGGAAAACUGAAGGAUCUUACCGAUAAGGCCUACAAGAAAUUGCAAUCGUUUCCACAAUUCUUCCAAGAGGAAGAAGAAACGAAACGUGUCAACGAAAAAUUGCGACCAGGAAAGCCAAAAACUGAAAGCGAUCUCUUCGGCACUGAUGGCAAUUUCAAACAAUUGCAAUUCGAUUAGAUAGCAACAUCAUCAUCGCAUGGUUAGCAUUACUGUGUGCUUUAUUUUUUUUUCAAGCAAUUCUCAAUAUUUGUACCAGAACUUUGGUUCACAUUCACCAACAAAAAUAUCAUAUUUGAACACCUCUACAUUGCACCAUUCUAAUUGUUUUGUUUUGUUUUGCUGGCCAAAAAAAAUGGCCGCUUGAUUGAAGGGGUUGGAUAGAAAUUCAAUAAAAAAUUUCACGAUUGAACAAAAA